AUGGCCGAGGUGGGAAGCCCUGACAAGAAUGCAGUGACUUAUGAUGAUGUGCAUGUAAAUUUCACGUCGGAUGAGUGGGCUUUGAUGGAUACUUCCCAGAAGAAUCUCUACAAAGAAGUGAUGCGGGAUACCUACAGGAACCUCACUGACAUAGGCUACAAUUGGGAAGACAAUAAUAUUGAAGAACCUGAUCAAAUAUCUACACAACAUGGAAGGCAUGAAAAGAUUCAAUCUGAAGAAGAAUCCUCUCAGUAUAUUAGGUGUGGUAAAGCCUUUGAAUGUCAUAGUUGUCUUCAACACCAUAAAAAAACUCAUAUUGGAGAGAAACUCUACCAAUGCAAUCAAUGUGAUAAAGCCUUUACACAACAGAGUAAUCUCCGAGUACAUGAAAGAACACAUACUGGAGAGAAGCCCUAUGAAUGUAAUCGAUGUGGUAAAGCAUUUGCAUAUUGCAGUAAUCUGCAAAGACAUGAAAGAACACAUACGGGAAAGAAACCAUACAAAUGUAAUCAAUGUGAUAAAGCCUUUACACAGCACAGUGGUCUUAAACACCAUAAAAGAACACAUUCUGGAGAGAAACCUUAUGAAUGUACUCUAUGUGGUAAAUGCUUUGCACAACACAGUUAUCUUCGACACCAUAAUAGAACACAUAUUGGAGAGAAACCCUACCAAUGCAAUCAGUGUGAUAAAGCCUUUACACAACAGAGUAAUCUCCGAGUACAUGAAAGAACACAUACUGGAGAGAAACCUUAUGAAUGCAAUCAGUGUGGUAAAGCCUUUGCCUAUUGCCAAAAUCUCAAAAUUCAUGAAAGGAGACAUACUGGAGAGAAACCAUACAAAUGUGAUCAAUGUGAUAAAGCUUUUGCACACCACAGUAGUCUUCAGCACCAUAAAAUAACACAUGCUGGAGAGAAACACUACAUAUGUAAUCAAUGUGGUAAAGCCUUUGCACGUCAUGAUAAUUUUCAACAGCAUAAAAGAACACAUACUGGACAGAAACCCUACAAAUGUAAUCAAUGUGAUAAAGCUUUUGGACACCACAAUAGUCUUCAACGCCAUAAAAGAAUACAUAAUGGAGAGAAAUCCUACAAAUGUAAUCAAUGA